AUGGAUGUCCCGGUGUCUCGCGAUGGAGAUGGGAAGCUCCAGGACCCUGUCAUCCAGUCUAUACCCGACACCGAGAUUGGAGCACAUGUCAAUGUCAAUCUCGAGCAGCCCACGGCCCCUGACCAGUUCGAGGAGAGCUCCCGCACCACCCGCUCAGAAAUCUGGGCUUACUAUGCUUAUUACAUUGGGAACAACGGGCUGUCGCUCUUUAAUUUUGCACCCACUGCUUUCCAAAACCUACUGUCUCAGGCUGCAGGCGAUGAGGGACUUUUGCUGUUUGCUGGCAAGCAGCGAUCCAUUGAAAGCAUUGUACUCCUCUGCAAUGGGAUCUCCUUCGCUAUCCAGGUCGUCGUCUUCCUCAUUAUCGGAAGUUUCGCCGACUUUGGGACCUGGCGGCCGAAUAUCCUGAUCGGCUUGUCAAUUAUUGCGUACGGCAUCGGCUUUGGCUGGCUGGGCGUCCAUGACCCGGAGAAAUGGCACAUCGCGAUUGGGUUAUACAUGGUCGGGCUGAUCGCCUACCAGACAACCCUAACAUUCUGGACAGCUGCGUUCCCAGGCCUAGCGCGCAAUACUCCAGAGAUGAAGGCCAAAGCAGAUGAAUACCAAUCCGGGAGUAUCUCGCGAGAGGAGUACGACUUUGCCGACACGAUGAAGCGCAGCCAGUUGGCCAACAUUGCGUUCUACGUGCAGUCUGUUGCAGAGGUCUUUAUCCUCGCUAUCAUUGUUGGAAUUAUGUUCGGGCUUCGUGUCGAUGACAGCGAGCAGAACAAUAACUGGGGGCUGAGCGUGCUUAUUGCGUUUGCUACCGGUGUUUGGCUUCUUGUUUCGCUCCCUUGGUUCUUCCUUGAGAAACGGCGGGCUGGACAGGAUACGAUGGGUCGGAGUAUUGUGGUUGCUGGGUUUCAGCAGCUCUAUAUGGCCGUGCAGCAGAUUUGGAAGCUGAAGCAAAGUUUGUUGUACUUGGUUGGGUACUUCCUUCUCGGCGACUCUCUCAACACAACUGUCACUGUGAUUGCAACCCUGCAAAACAGUAUAGUAGCCUACAACACACUCCAGCUAACAUACCUGUUAAUAGUGGGUAUCGCAGCGCAGGCAAUCGGCAUCUACGCCUUCUGGACAAUUCAAAAGCGUUUCUCCCUGAGCCCCAAAGCAAUGUUCAACGCCGUCGCUGUCGCCAUAAUCCUGCUCGACGGCUGGGGCAUGGUCGGCAUCUGGACGCAGCGCUUCGGCUUCCACAACAGCUGGGAAGUAUGGCUCUACCAAGCCUUCUACGGUCUCUUCGUCUGCCCCUGGUACAGCUACAGCCAGAUCAUGAUCUCGGAAGUGACGCCGCGCGGACACGAGUUCCUGUUCUUCUCGCUGUUCAGCAUUAUCGGCAAAACAAGUAGUUUCAUUGGCCCGCUGGUCUCGAGUGCUAUUAUCGAUGCGUCGCCAAGUCAUAAUUCCAACAUGCCAUUCUAUUUUUUGUUUGGGCUGAGUGUGUUUAGCUUUGCGGGGCUUGGGGGGUGGUUGGAUUUGGCGAAGAGUAGGGUUGAGCAGGAGGCGUUUUUGAGGGAGAAGCUGAGAAGGCAGAGGGAGGCGGAGACUGAGUCAGAGGUGGAUGCGUAG